UUUAUAUUGGCGCUCUCUAGCUGCGUGGUGGUGGGUAGUGCACUGUUUGUUGUGGUUAAAGCGUGAUCAGUGAGUCAUCAGCGACUGGUGCACAGCGCUCGGGCACAGUUUCAAGGGGAAGAUCUCGAGCCUCACAAAGAAAGGAUGAAGCUCUUCAAGAAAUUAUGGCCUGCCAAAAUAGAGCCACAUGUUCCAGAGAGGGAAUUAGCCAUUUCCUCUCCCACAGAGGUUACACACCCAAUUCACAUAGUCAUCAACAGGGAAACUAAUUGUUUUGAAGGUGUUCCUCCUGGAUGGAGAAAGCAGAUGGAUUUCAUAAUUGGGGAAUAUGAAGUGAAAGAAAAUCCUGAAGCUGCACUAUCAGCGAUGAUGUUUUUGAAAGCAAAAGAGAAUCCUCAAGAUGCUCUGCCAGAAGUGUUUAUGAAUUCCUCAAUACUGCAACCAAAAGUGGAUUCUGACUACAAGCCAUCAAGUCCUGUGGCUAAGCCAUGCACAGUAAGCAAUACAGAUUAUGAAAAAACUAGUACAAACACAGUUACAGAAUCAUCUGAAAACCAAAUGAGAAAAGAAGAGAAUACUUUGCCAAACAGUGUCUUGAGACGACAUAAUCAAGCUCAGAAGUCAGAAGCAGAAGGAGGUGUGGAGAAGGCACAGGCACAGGGGAAAUCCACACAGAUGAGUGAUACAGAAGUGAUGAUGGAAUUUCAGAAACUUUGUUCACCUGGUGAUCCUGAAUUAAUUUAUGACCGAAACAAGGAACUGGGUUCUGGGGCAUCUGGAACAGUAUUCAUAGCACGAGAGAAGGCCACGGGUCAGAGGGUUGCUGUUAAAGACAUCAACCUUGAAAAGCAGCAUAAAAAAGAAGCAAUUCUCACAGAAGUUAAUUUAAUGAAAAAUCUGCAGCACAAGAACUUAGUAAAUUUUCUAGAUUUGUUUCUGCAGAAUGAUCAUCUAUGGGUAAUCAUGGAGUUACUUGAUGGAGGACCCUUAACGGAUGUUGUCACCCAGACUGUGAUGAAGGAACCUCAGAUUGCUGCAGUAUGUAGUCAGGCACUACAGGGGAUUGCUUAUCUCCAUGACAAUGGGAUCAUUCACAGAGACAUCAAAUCAGACAAUGUUCUCUUGGGAAAGGAUGGCUCUGUUAAAUUAACUGACUUUGGUUUCUCAGCUGUUUUAACGGGUGAUGAGAAGCGCCAGACUAUGAUCGGAACUCCAUAUUGGAUGGCACCAGAGGUUGUGCAUAGGAAAUAUUAUGGGCCAAAGAUUGACAUUUGGUCACUGGGAAUCAUGGCCAUAGAGAUGAUUGAAGGAGAGCCACCUUACUUGAAUGAGACUCCUCUUCGGGCUUUGUAUCUCAUAGCCUCCAAAGGAAAGCCUGACAUUGAAUCUCAGGAAGAAUUAUCUCAAGAGUUUCAGGAAUUUCUUGAUUGUUGCCUUGAAGUUGAUGUUGAAAAGCGAGCCACGGCAACAGAACUCCUUUCCCAUAGAUUUCUCACCAAGGCAGUCAGUACAGCUACUUUAAAGCCUCACAUUGAGGCUGCUCAAAAAAUUUUAGGCAAAAAUAUCCAUUGAAAAUGUACCAAUAUAACAUUAAAAUAUAAUAUAAACAUUAAUUUCCAAUAUAGUAUUGGAAUAUACCUAUAGCCUGCAUGCUUCAGACAUUUGAGAUCCCAGAUGACAUUUUGUAAAAUUUUAAAGUAUGAAAUGUUUAUUUGAUUUUAUUAGUGUUUUAAUAUUUUAUUUAAUCAUUUUGUAUUAGUUUGUUCUCUAGCUGUUAACUAGACAACAGUGAACUGUACCAAUUCCAGGGCAUUCAGACAUAGUUGCUUGUGAGCUGUAAGAUAUAUUUGACUAUUUUAGCCACAAGCUGUCCAUUUUCCUUGGUCCACCCUUUUUGUUACCUUUUAUGAUGCAUAGGAAAUAUGGCAGCAAUAUUCUUUCAACCUAAAAUUAUGCCAUAACUUUCCAAUUAUGGCAUAAUCAAGAAUUUGAGAGACAAUAUUGAUAAAUUAUAAUAAGUGCCAUAUAAUUUCACAUCUGAAUAGAGGACAACUAACUUGUGCUCAAAUUAUAAUUGAGAGUGAUUGUUUGUUGUUUUGUAUUGAAGGAUUUGCAUUGAAAAAUCUAUGUCAGAAUAAGAACUUCUAGAUGCUGCUUUUCUUUUAAUCAUAUUUAGAAAUGAAUUAUCCUUCCCUAGAUAACCAGUUGAGGAAUAUCAGUUACAUUUUCUAAAUAGUCCAUAAAUAUGCUCCUCUUUAAGCAGAAUUUUCAUUGCUGUAUGUGAAUUCCUGUCACUAAUAUGAGGUUUUUAUGCUCUGAAUUACACAGUUUUGUUUCUGAAAAUUAGCUUGAAUUUGUUGUUAAUUAUUGUUACUGUAUUGCUCUCUACAGCAUGCUUUAAUUGACAUGGUGCUUUAAUAUUUCAAGAUAAAAUUAAUAUACAAUUCACUAUAGUAAAUAAUUUUAUAUUGAGUGUUUAGGCAUGGGUGCCUUGAGAAUUCCUGUCUGCCACUCUUCAUGUUUCUCAUCUCUGUCUAAUACAUUAACUAAAUACUGCUUCAAAAUGAAUCUUAAUACAUUGACUUCUGUAAUCUAUCUAUAUAGCUGACAAUCUCACACAGGGUGGCCCAGGCACAGCAUCAAACUCAUACAUCAUUCAUAUUCUUCACCUUGUUGGCCCCUUGUGGAAAAGGAGUGUCUCGUGAACCACGCUGUUACACCCAAGGAGCUUAGGUAUAGUACAGCUAGGCAUAUACUUCCAUAGCAAGGCCUGACAGCAUACACUGGUUUACUUCUUCAUAAUGAGACUGUUCUCUAUCCUGUAUCUAGUCCAACCCUUAAACCACAACAGAUGUAGGGUACUUCCUAAGGAGUGCCCUGCAAUCUUACUGGUUUCAUAUGCCGACUAGCCUAGCCAGGUGUGCCCAGAGCCUUUCCCAGGGGUCAACGAGACUGUCAUUUUCAUGCACUCACCACCAUCACUUUCCAUUCACCUCUAUCACACACAGUUAUUCUUGUUUGGUGUUGUCAUUCUUCUCAUUCAGUGCUCUCUUUACACAGUGUAUCAACUCUUGGCAUGGCUUUCCUUGUAACUUUACACUGUGCAUAUCUACUAACCUCACUAUUUUCUUUACUGAUUUUGUCUCCCAUUCUUUCCACAUGCCUAAACCUUCUUAACAAACUCUUAUUUCAUAAUGAAAAUUUAAUUAAUUUUUUCUUCUCUUUAGGGAUAUUCCAUAGAUAUUCUAAUGAUGUAUUAUUUUGAUUGCCUGUGUGAUGUAGUACCAUGUACCACAUACUAUUAUGUGAGAUAACUUUUGCAAGUUUUUGUAUGUGUCAUUCACCAUUUAUAUUAUCCUGUAUGAAAUAAGGACUUCACACACAUUCACACAAUAAGUGACACACCUGGAAAAUUCAUGCAGGACCACACACUUGUAUAGGAAGAUAGGACUAUUAGGUUUUCACUUGUGUCCUGUGGCAUUAUUAUAAGUCAUUUGUUCGCUCCUUGAACUUCUCUGCUAAAUGAACACGAAGAGAAAAUAAGACAUCCAAAGUUUGUAUGAUCAAGUGAUGAUAAUAUUGUGAAUGGUAUAAUGUCUGACCAUGUAGCACAAGGCUCAAUGUAUUAUAUUUUAGAGAUUGCAUACAAAUACAAAAAAUAUAUUUUUACACUUUUGUAAUAUUUCAUUAAAGAUAUUUGUACUAGAAAUUUUACAAAUUAAAUAUUAUAGGCUAUGAUGAAUGAAUAAAUGAAAAGCUGAGAAAAAUUGAAAUAAACCAAAAUUAGUGAUAAAUUAGAAAUAUUUAAAUGUUGAUUAACUUUUAACCUUAUGGUAAGUGUAAUUUUCAUUUCCAGUCUGUGAGGUCUUGUAUAACAGUGCAUCCUUGAUUUUUUGGAUUUAAAAUUUGGGAAAUUGUAGCAAGAGCUGGAAUUCCUGUCACCUGAAGCUUAUGGGUUAAGGAAUGUAUUGUAAAUAGGAUUUAUAUAAUGUUGGCAAUGAAUUUUUUAUUAAAA